AUUGGGACAGAUAAGCUUGGAUCCUGCUCCGUUAUCCUUAUCCUUUCCCCACUCGGGGCGAUCCUGGGACACGUAUCCCCUCUUCCAGAUGGAAAUACCAGUGAUCGAAAUGCUGGUGACGAGCAUGUCCGAUCUUUCGUGGGACGAAUCACAGGCUACUACCGGCAGUGUCAAGACUUGUUUCCGGCAAAUCCCGGUUCUUGGGUUGUCUGCGCUGUAUAUCAGGGCCAUGUUGCACUUCCCGACCAGCAAAGGAUCAUGGAAAUGAAGCUACGUGAAGUCGGGUUGACUCCGGACACGAGCCGGACCUAUGUUGUCCCGUUCUCUGAUAGUCACCCGGACCGUGGUUCUGUUUUUGUUGAUGGUAGGGGGGAUACAAUUCAAGUUUAUGUAGAGGAU